AUGACUGUAGCUAUGUCCAUAAUGGUGCGUUUCUUGCUAAUUCUCGUUUGUGAUUGGUUACGAAUAUCUUUUCCAGACAUCAAAACGAACAAUGUUAUGGCGGUCCUGCCUCGAAGCCACAACAGAGAAUCCCUCGUUAAGGAUAUACAGACAUGUAUCAAAACCCAUCCCACCGAAACCUAUGAAUCUCUCAGUCUUCCCCAGCUCGUUCCUGAGCCCAUAAUUUGUGUCAAAUCGCAGCCGCUCCCGGACAUGGGCCUGCUUCCUGAUUUGACCAAACCUGUAGGAAAGCGGCUCACGGCGCCCUGGCAGCCCGCCGUCUUCCGCCCACCCGAGUCUAUCGUUGGGUUCCCGUGGUCGACACCAUCCGAUGUAUGGGCAGUGGGGCGCAUGGCGUUUGAGCUGGUCGCGGACUAUCACGUCUUUAUGCAGGAUGAUUUCGAUCAGGCCACGCAUAUUCAAAAGAUCACGGAGCUCAUUGGUAAAAUCCCAUCCACUUUUCUGAGUGAAUGCCCUUGGGGAUACAAUCACUUCAAUCGUGAUGUGCGUUUCAAGCUCAUUACAUUCUUGACGAUGCCUGACAUUUUCCCAGGGGAACUCCUGAAAGUCAAAGAUUGA